AUUGAAAAAAAUGUAAAUACUACAAAUUAGAGAAGCAUUAAUUGAACAUUUUGAAACGAUAAAAGAAAUGCCAUUUCAUAAAAUUUUAAGAAAAAAGUAAUUUGUCAGUGUUAAAAGCGAAAUACUUCGACAAUCACAUUGACAUUUUUAUCAAUGCAAAAAUGCAUUGCAAGCGUAUGGAGUUUUAUCUUUUCCUGAGCAUUUUGCUAUUAACAUUCAUGGUAGCAACUUCCGCUCGACUCGAGAAACGCAAUAAUAACAAUAACAACAAUCAUAAGCGACAGCUCAAACAACGAAAACAACAACAAAAUCGAAAUUCGUCACCGGCCAGCAAUAGCUUUUUAGCCAACAGCGAUAAUGAGGACUUUGCAUACAGCGAUCAAGAGUCCGAUUCACAAGCGGAUUCAGGAAUGCAGGCAACAGAUACAGAUGGAAAUGAUAAAUUCAGUUACGAUAUUUUUGCAUGUUGCAAUGAAGUUUAUGGCUCAUGUCGAACAUCAUGUGAGGAUCUCUCACUGGUAAAUCUGGCUACAACAGACACAACAGGACGUUCCAUACGUUUGGAGUUAAGAAAAUAUUGUGCUCCAGGUCAGUUCGAGUUUUGGACCUGUAUGAAUCGAACACUGGAAGCUGUUGCUCGUGGCGCACAAUGGUCUGGACGUCGUUGCUGUGCAUUAGGCCUAUCGCCACAUUGUCGCAAUGCCUGCGCCACAUCAGGCUCAAUCGAUGAACUGAUCAGUGCCGCCAAAUGCCGACAAAGUGAUGAACAACACAUGUUCGCUUGUUUCGAACGCCAAGAGGCAGGCGAUCGAUGCUGCGGGAAUGCGCGCACCUCCGAGUGUUUGCAGGCCUGCCGAGAAAUCUUUGAACCGUACUCCCCAAAUAAACGCAAACAUCGGCAUCACAUCGAGGAAAUGUGUGACGAUCGAAAUAGUGAUGUGUUGCAGUGCGUGCGAAAUGUCACAGACAUGACGCCAAUGACAAAUUCCCAUCAAUAUCUACACUGCUGUGACUAUUCGGAAGUUGAAAGUUGCCGACACACCUGCCGUGAUGUUUUAAACACAACCGAGAGUAAAGACAUAAUUAUUGGGGAAUUACAAAAUGGUGGCUGUGGCAUGCCAUUACCGCAUUUACCACUAUGGAAAUGUUUCUUGACAGCACAUUCACCAACUCCCACGUACACUGCAAUAAAUAAAAUAUCACAAAUCAAUCAAAUUGGCAUCGAUUCAGCCAAAUUACAUUGCUGUGAUAAAGCAACCACGCCCAAAUGCAAACGUUUAUGCUCAAAGACAUACUCAACGGACUGGACCACAUCCAGUAGUGUAUUUGAAAACUCAUGUCUGUUACAACCGAAUGAAUUGGAAUUGCGUCAAUGCAUAGAUGAAGUGGAUGAGCCAUGCGAAUUGGGCUGUGAUGGUCUCAGUUUUUGCACUAAUUUUAACAAUCGCCCAACAGAGUUAUUUCGGAGCUGCAAUGCAGAAGCAGAUGCGGCGGCACGUUCCGAUCUAAAAAUGUGGCAACAAAGAGGUUUUGUUAGCUUACCAGGUGUGCAUCUACCUAUUAGAAAUAUGACACGUUGUGCACCACAAAAGUGGCAAGCAAUCGCAUGUGCCUUGCAGAUUAAACCUUGCACGCGUACUGGAUAUAAUCACAUCUGUCGCGAAGAUUGCAAUGAGAUUUUAAAUGAGUGCAUGGAUUGGAUAAAAAUGAAUUCAACACUUAAUACAGAAUUAAUCUGUGCACGUUUAAAUCCUGCCAAAGAUGGACCUUGUAUAUCAUUAAAACCUUACUUGGAAGAAAGUGAUGCACCCAAAGAUACAGGUGGUCAUCAUAGACUUACACAACCCUGUAGAGGACAUCCUUGUAACGCGAGUGAAGUUUGUUUGUCGCAACGGAAUGAAAGGAAUGCCUUUACGUGUAUAUCCGGCUGUAGUUUAGGGGAGGCUUCUAAUUAUCUAGUGCCAUUUGGUGCUUAUGUGCGUAUUCCCGUUUCUAACAUAGGACGCUCUGGUUCUUUUAAAGUUUGUCGUUGUGGUGCUAAAGGUCAAAUAGAACAUUGUCAACCUUUGCCAAACUUUUCCUAUGAAAACUGCGUAUUGGGAGAGAAAGUUAUUAAGCAUGCUGAAUCGUUUUAUUUAGAAUGUAAUUUAUGUAGCUGCUUUGCCGGAGAAAUCACGUGUACGAAGAAGCAAUGCAGAUUUCCAGCUUACACUGAUAUAUCUUAUACAAGUCUACCAUGCAAUUGUCCCACACAUCAUGUACCUGUUUGCGGACGCAAUGGCAAUACCUACCAUUCAGCUUGUAUUGCCAAAUGUCUCGGACUUAAAGAUAGUGAUUUUGAAUAUGGCGCUUGUUCUUCUUGGAAUCCCUGCCAGAAGGGCAGUUAUAGCUGUGCAGCAGGAAUGCAAUGCUUGGAACAACGCAAUAUAUGCCUAUCUUCCAUGCAUAGGCCAUGCUUACAAUACAAAUGUGUGAAUCAAACUUCCAAUUGUUCCAACAUGGGCCAACCAGUUUGCGAUACAAAAGGUGACACAUAUGCUUCCGCCUGCGAUCUACUGAAUGCAAAAGCACAACUCUCAUACUGGGGCUCUUGUUUUCGAAGUUGUUCUACAAAGGGACCCGUGUGUGGCAUCAAUGGAGUGACAUACGCUCAUGAAUGUGCUGCUUGGGCUGAUUAUAUAGUUAUCGAUUAUCGUAGCCGCUGUAGAGAAAUUGGCCUACUGACACAUGACAUGGGUAGACGUUGUCGUACAAUCAAAUGCCCAAAUCCACCUUCACCUUAUUGUAAAGGAAUUGUGCCACCAGGUGCGUGUUGUCCAAUAUGCGCCGGUGCAUUUCGUGUCAUCUACUCACGUAAACAAAUUGAUCGUGCCUUGUAUGCUUUACGCGGACAAAGUAGAGAACUUCUGACUUUGCAUAGUAUACUAAGGGAAGUAGACAAUUUAGUACAAGUAACAGAGUGCCAACUCACAGGCUACUUAACUAUGGAAGUGGGUAUUUUUAUAGCUAUACUACCGCGUACCAAUAGUCCAACACGAAUACAAAUUGAGGCAUGCACUCGUGAAGCAGAGAAGAUUUCUGCACUCAUUGAAACACAGUCUCAUAAAAUUACAACAAAUCUAGUUUACCACACUAAGCUACUAUAUGGCAAUAUGAUUGGAUCGAUAGGGUUAUACGAGCACUUAGACUCCAUUCGCAGUUUAUCGAUGAAUUAUUGCCGUAGUGUGGGAGGCUUUUCCGAUGCUUUGAGCUAUAUCAGUUUUACAUCUUAG